UAGUUGAUGCUCACAAAGCAGGCAGCCCAUCAUCUUGCCCGUCAUUUGUCGCAUACAUAACGGACCAAUCGUCAAAUGCAGCCAUGUGUAGCAACAUGAGACGAGCCAGGUGUAUCUAUACCCUCCAGACGGUGUAUGGAAUUACAAAAGACCAUAUUCAAACACCGGCCCAGCCAGCAGCUUACACACAUUGUGCGUGCUCAAAAACCGAUCAGACUUAGAAGGUAGCGCAUGGCCCAGUCGCGAGCAAGAGUCAUCAUCUGCACCACCAUGAAUCUAGCGACGCCAUCCCACAUCCUCACGAGGGUCUCAGAUGUUGCCUUAUCGCUCUCUUCUGAUUCGCUUAUUUCUUCUCCAACCAUGCGUCAUACAACGCCGGCAUCGUCGACUGGGCUCUGGCGUGGGUGUGAGUGGGAACGGGGAUGGUCGUUGUGGGUUCUUGGAGGUUCAGCGAGGAACUGAGUCGGAGCCAUCUCAAGACAUGGCUGACUUCUCCAUGGUUUGCGGGGUAGAACCAUCAAAAGGCAUGGGUGAAGUCCAGGCAUGUGUAAGGGACAUUUGCCCAGCCGUCGGUAUUCAUCGCUUGUCCAAGGUUCAGCGUCACAAACGUCUGCUUACAGCGCAUCUCGCACAGCUCGACAGCAUCGGGCCAAGAACUCGCAUAGUAUUGCCGCCGCGCACGAGAUGGGGGCACGAGCACUGGCGGGCCGCACAGGCUUCUAUGCAAGUUUCGAUAUUGAUCCGUUGGCCAAGUUACGGCAACCCUCUAGGUGACUGACUGCGCGGACUCCAACACCAACAUCAGCGCCAAGACCCCAAAACACGGCUCCGGAUCUCAACGGCGUCC